UACCAGCUAUUUAAAGAAUACUUCCGGACAUGUGGAAAAAUGGAAAAUUUACCUGUAGAGAUAAAAUUUGCCCAAAACCUCGCUGGAAAUGAAACAAAAACUCGAAACAAAGCUGUGAAAAAAUUGAAAAAGUAUUUGCGUGCAAAAUCUGCAUCGAAAAAAGAUGGCUUCAGUGAGGAAGAUUUCCUCAAGCUAUGGAAGGGUUUACACUAUUGUAUGUGGAUGCAGGACAAACCUCUUUUACAGGAAGAGUUAAGUACCACAUUGACACAUUUGGUACAUGAUUUGUCAACUGUUGAGGCCCAGCUGUUGUUUAUCAAGGUGUUCUUUGUAACAGAGGCAAGGGAAUGGCACAGUAUUGAUAUAUGGAGGCUGGAUAAGUUCAUGAUGACGGUUAGGAAUAUGCUGAACCAGUCACUGGUGCUCGUGAAAAAAUUAAAGUGGGACAAAAACAGACUGGAUGGACUGACACAGGUUUUUUAUGACACUAUAAUGAAUCCUGACGCAGAAAACAUACCGGAUGGUCUAAAGAUACAUUUCUGUGACAUUUACCUGGAGGAGGUGGAGAAAGUUGGCGAUGGUCAGUUGACUGGUUCCCAGUUACUACAGUUAUUGGUUCCCUUCAUCAAGUUUAUGCAGAAAGCGAAAAAUGGAACAUUAAUAAAGAGAAUGAUAUCCUGUGUAUUUGAUCCAGUCAUCACAAGACUUGCUGAUGAAAUAAAGUUAAAACAGAGUCAGAACAUGGACACUGAUGCCAGUGAAAUGGAGGAUAUACCUUACCGUACUUUAAAGUUUGAUGGGAAGUUAAUAUCUGAAUACAUAUUCCGUGUGAGCCAAGAAGAUUGUGUACUAUUGAGGAAUAGACCUACAAUGUAUGGACUAGUUAAAAAGUUACAAGAUGUGGAGCAAGGAGUGUUACCGGAGAAGAAAGAGAUUGUUGUUACUGAAGGUGUUACAGGUCACGAUGUGAGAGCAGCCGUAAAUACGUUGAUGAAUUUGGAGACAAAGAAAGAUGGGAAAAAGAAGUUCAAAAAGAAAAAGAACAAGAAAGAAAACCACAAUGAUGUGGGUGUGAAUGAAAACGCUGAUCCAAAUAACAACAGUGCUGGUGAGAAUAAUGGUCCAGAAAACCAGAUGCCCUCGACAUCCAAUGCAGGGAGGAAACGUAAACAUUCCCAAACAAUGGAUGGGGAACCAUUUACUAAAAUGAAGAAAGGAAAAAUUGAGCAAGAAAGUAAAUUAGAGGAUAAUGUUAAUGAAAAGAAAACAUUUCAAAAGUUGAAGAAUAAAUUUUCAAAGUUAGAAGUUAUGAAAGGGAAGAAAGAGAAGAAGCUUCAAAUAGAGAAUAAGUCUAAGGAAGUGGCACAGUCUAAGAAUGAAAAAUCGAACAGUGUUACAAAACCUGUGUCGGAGAAAACUGGUAAGGAUGUGGAAAAAAAUUUAGACAAAAAUAAAAAGGAACAUAACGCUGUUACUAAGGAUACGCCUAAAGUUGUGACUGUUAGUGCUGAGGUGCCAGCGUCUUUUAAGAAACAGGCAGACAAGAAAUCUCCAGACACUCUGAAAAAGAAAGGUAAAAGAACGCAUUCACAGUUGGCUAAUGAUGACACCAACUCGACAAAUAAUAAAAUUUCAACACCGGUAGCUCAGAAUUUGAGCACAGUACCUUCAAUUACUGUACAAGAACCUACGCCAAUUGUGAAAUCUGGGACCCCUGCAACAAAGUCUCCUGCCGUUAGUAAUGGUCUCCAAGAUGGUGAAGUGGAGAUUUGGAUUCCUAAUAAAAAAUACAAAGGAAAUAAAGAUACAAACAUUACUCCAAAGACGAACUUUGCAUCAUUUGAUCAGUCUAGACCUCCUGUAGCAUUUGUUAAGAGGUCUUUAAGUAAAUCUUUAAAAAAGACGCCAAGUUCCCAGAAAACCCCAACAGCAAGUGGUGUGACAGGGUCUGCUAAACGUGUCAGUUUUGAUAUGAAGAAAAACAAAGCCCAAGGUUUUAAGGAGAGUUUAAACAGUCCAUUGACGCCUUAUAAUCCAGCCAAGCAACCAGAUACUGGAAUCCUCAAAUCACCGGGUUCUGCCCUGGCUAGUAAAGGGCCGAAAAAAGAUAUAGCUAAAAAUAGUAACAGUACUCCUGAAACCCCGGUGACAAGACAAGCUUCUAAUAAAGUUGUGGCUCAGAGAAAGAGCACAAGCACACCUGUGGUAACCAUUGGUUUUGAGAAAAAGAAAGCCACGCCCAAUCGUAGGAAAAAAGCAGCUGACUUUUUCUUGUGAAAAUUCACUUCUUAGCACCUUGUUGUUUCAAUUAACGCCGACACAUGGGGAAUUUCUAUUCAUAGACCAUCUUCAGUUGGUACUGUGGUGUGUGUUGAAAUGUCUUUCACAAGUUUUUGAUAAUUUCACGCCUAUCUUUAUGAAAAUCGUGUUUUAUUAUUUUAGUCUUGAUGGAACUGCUGCAUUUACACACUCAAAAAUCUUCAUAAUUCAUCCUGUUACACUUGUAGUUUGGUCAUUAUCAGUGUAUGUGAAUAUUUUCCAAUUGCUCACAUGAAAAUGUUUAUUAAUAGCCUUAAAUGACUCCACUUUCAUUGAAGGCACUGAAGUUGUCUGCAUCAAGAAUCAUGUGUAGCUCUGAUUAGAUUUACAACAAAAAGGAUUGAUUUUUUUAAAAAUAUUUUUGAUCAUCAUGACAUUUGGCCUUGCUUUUUCCCUACUGCUUUGUGCUUACAAGUUGGAUAAUGAGGAAAAAUAUUAAAUAGAUUUUAGUUUGUUUUUUAAGUAAUAAACCAUACUCUAAGAAGUCUUUUAAUUGGACAAUAAUAUGCUUCCCUACUUCUCACAGAGUUUACCAGUUGAAUUGUUUGCUGGAAAGCAUUAUAUAAAUAUAGUUAAUAUACUCUGUAGGUAUAUUGAUUCCUUGCAGCUUGCUAGUAUUUUCUAUGGAAUGUGAUCAAUUGUAUUUCUUGUGCAACAUAUUCUUUGAAUAAAAUUUUUGUUAAAAGCAUUUCUUUAUGGUGCUACCAUAAAAGUAAUGAGGACCAAUAAAGAGUAGGUCUGGAAGGACCUUUUGACAACACAAAUUUGUUUCAUAAUGUAUGCAAAAUGUGAAUGUUUCAGGGUUACAAAUGUUGCUUAAAGUUUGAAUUACAUGUACUUCACAAUUUAUUUUUCGAUAGGAAAAUUGUCUGCAAGAGAUUUCACUACAACACAACCGUAUUAAUCAAUUGAUGUGAUUCUUAUCAAUCCCCAUACUUUAUAAUGAAUGUGUAUAAGUUGAAGAUAUCUAGACGAGGAUAGAGCAAUUGGUGGUUCCGCUUUCAUGGUCACUGUGUCAAUGUAACAUAUAAAAGGACAUAAGAAAUUUAAGAAGUGUUUUAAACCUUGUAUGUGAAAUUAAAAUUCUUAUGUAUAUUUCAGUUUAUAAAAUUUAUAUAGUAUGUAUAAAAUAUUUGCAAUGUUUCCUGUUAAUAACAUUAUUUUGUUACCUUAUGCAUUUUGAUUCAUUUUUAAGGCACAAAUUUCAAUUGUUUAUUGUUCAGUGCACUUUUAACCGACUAUGAAAUUCUAUUAAUAGUGUUAUACUUCCACAUGCUCGAAUUUGUUGUUUCUGUUGUCAUAACUUUAACCUACCUUUCUUAUAUAACAUAUUCAUUGUAAGAAGCUGAAACCUUCAUGAUGGCAAAAACAUAUGUAUCUCUUCAUGAAAGCUUCAUUUCCACAUACUGUUGAACUUUACGCUAAUGGCAAAAUUUUCACAAUUUUUGUAUGUGAUAUACAUGUUUAAGCAUUGUUAAUUUUGGAAACAUUUUGUUUUAAGUGAAAUAAACGUGUUUCAGUCAAAAUAUGUUUUAGUCGUUGAGAGAAAGUAGCAAAAAGUGCAGAGGAAGAAAAAUAAAGAAUAACUGGAUUUUUUUUAAAUGAUAACCAACAGUAUUUCUACCACAUCAUACUAGUAGUUCAUUUACUCUGCAACAUUUGCUUACCAUUACAUUCUGUAGACCAUUUCAGGGCAUGUGAUUUCCAAGUCUAUAGAAGUGGGAAAAUUCGGUUUCAUAAGUGAACAUGUAAAAGUAAUUACCACAUUACUACAAAAUAUCAUAUUUGGUUGCUAUGCCUAAUAUUCAGCGGGACAAGUAUUCUAUCGCUUUCAGUAAUUUGAACCUUGGAAAACUUGCCUGGCAGGUAUUUAAAAAGAACAAAAUACUUAUAUUAGUCUUACGAUUACAGAUUAUGUUAAUAUGCAGAAUAGAACAGUUCCAAUUGUGUUAUAGAAUACAUGUAUUUGUUUCCCUUAUUUUCUUGAAUAGUUUUGUCUAUUUUUAGGUCUACAAAAUUAUUGAAACCUUUUGGAGUAGGCGAUUAUUCCAGUUGUAUUGUAAGAUAUUUGUUUGCUGAAUGGUUUUGUCUAUUUUUAGGUCUCCCAAGUUUAUUGAAACCUUUGACAGUAUUAAAGAAUAUUUGUAUGCCAUAUUCUUGAAUGCUAUUGUGUGCAUGCAUUUUUAGGUCUGACUGCGAGUGGAUUUCCGAAAAUUUGCUUAUUUAAUGUCUUUUUUUUCAUGAUGUGAAAUAAAAUUAUAUAUCUUU